AUGCCCUACCCCUGCGCCCCCUUCCCCCCCCGCUCCUCCCCCUGCUCCUCUCCCCUUCCAGACGGACAAAGCAACACUGCAAGGAGAGGUGGUGGACGUGUUGCGAGCGCUGCACGCGGAGAGACGUGUUUCCCACCACCUACCAUCCCUCCACCCCCCUUCUCCCUGCUCCCCCCUACCCAGACUGACAAAGCAACACUCCUAGGCGAGGUGGUGGACGUGCUACGAGCGCUGCACGCGGAGGGGGAGGCGACAGAGAGGGAGAGGCGAUUGAUGGGCACUUUAACUCAUCCCCCCUGUUUCGCCUGCCCUCCGGCCCCUCUUUCUGGGCCCUCCCCUUUUUCUCCCAUUCAGACCGACAAGGCAACCUUGCUGGGAGAGGUGGUGGACGUGUUACGAGCGCUGCAUGCAGAGAGUCACGCAGAGGGGGAGGCAGAAGGGGAAGGGGAGGGGGGAGCAGGGGGGGGGAUGCGGGGGAAGGGGUUCGGAGCGGUACCGAGUGAUGUGGAUGUUUUAGAGGUGGAGGAGGUGGUGGUAGGUACGGCGGGGGAGGAGGGGGUGAGGGAGGGCGGUGGGGCGGAACGGGGGGAAGGGGAAGAAGGGGGAGGAAGGGAGGAAGGGGCGGAAAGUGGGGAAGGCCGUGGGGAAGGGAGUGGCGGAGGGAGGAGAAACGGUGGGGGGAAGAGGGGGGGAAGCUGUGUGGGUGGGGAGGAGGGCGGAGGGGGGAAGAGGAGGAAGGGGGAGUGCGGGGAGGAGUGGGGUGGCGGAGGGGGAGGAGAGGGGGAAGGGAGGAGGGGAGGAGGCGAGAGGAGAGGGGUGGAGAGGGAAGAGGGAGAAAGGGGAGGGGGAGAGGAGCUGAUUCGGUUUGUGGUAUCAUUUGCUCGGCUCAUGAUGACCGGAAGGGGAGGGGGAGAGGAGCUGAUUCGGUUUGUGGCAUCAUGUGAGGAUCAUCCGGACCUGCUGGCUUCACUCAAGAAGGCAAUAGAUGUCCUUCGUCUGCAUGUUCGGGCACUGGAAACAGCUUCUUGCAGCAACCGAGUAACUCACCAGAUGCUUCUCUCCAGAGACCCUCCUCCUGAAACCGAUGAGCUGCUGCACUCCUCCCGUCCCUCCUCUCUCUCUCCUCUCCCCUCCUCCUCUUCCCAUUCCGCCCCUGCUGGUGGUAGCAGCCCGCUCAAUUCGGGGGGGUUGGGAGCGGUGGAGAAGGGUGGCAGCAGCGGUAGCAGGGAGAGGGAGAGGGAGAGGGAGAAGGGUGGGGCAGAUUGGAGGAAGAAGGGCAGGAAGGAGCCUACGGUGGAAGUUAUUCGGGCAGCUUUGCGGGCAGCUGUGGAGAGGGCGCGGGCAGCAGCGGCUGUGACUGGUGCUGUGGCUGGUGGGGAGACAGCAGAAUCAGCAGGAGCAGCAGCACCUAACGCAGCAGCAGGAGCAACAUCAUCGCUUGCAGCAGCAGCAGCAGCAGCAGCAGCAGCAGCAGCAGCAGCAGCAGCAGCAGCAGCAGCAGCAGCAGCAGCAGCAGCAGCAGCAGCAGCAGCAGCAGCAGCAGCAGCAGCAGCAGCAGCAGCAGCAGCAGCAGCAGCAGCAGCAGCAGCAGCAGCAGCAGCAGCAGCAGCAGCAGCAGCAGCAGCAGCAGCAGCAGCAGCAGCAGCAGCAGCAGCAGCAGCAGCAGCAGCAGCAGCAGCAGCAGCAGCAGCAGCAGCAGCAGCAGCAGCAGCAGCAGCAGCAGCAGCAGCAGCAGCAGCAGCAGCAGCAGCAGCAGCAGCAGCAGCAGCAGCAGCAGCAGCAGCAGCAGCAGCAGCAGCAGCAGCAGCAGCAGCAGCAGCAGCAGCAGCAGCAGCAGCAGCAGCAGCAGCAGCAGCAGCAGCAGCAGCAGCAGCAGCAGCAGCAGCAGCAGCAGCAGCAGCAGCAGCAGCAGCAGCAGCAGCAGCAGCAGCAGCAGCAGCAGCAGCAGCAGCAGCAGCAGCAGCAGCAGCAGCAGCAGCAGCAGCAGCAGCAGCAGCAGCAGCAGCAGCAGCAGCAGCAGCAGCAGCAGCAGCAGCAGCAGCAGCAGCAGCAGCAGCAGCAGCAGCAGCAGCAGCAGCAGCAGCAGCAGCAGCAGCAGCAGCAGCAGCAGCAGCAGCAGCAGCAGCAGCAGCAGCAGCAGCAGCAGCAGCAGCAGCAGCAGCAGCAGCAGCAGCAGCAGCAGCAGCAGCAGCAGCAGCAGCAGCAGCAGCAGCAGCAGCAGCAGCAGCAGCAGCAGCAGCAGCAGCAGCAGCAGCAGCAGCAGCAGCAGCAGCAGCAGCAGCAGCAGCAGCAGCAGCAGCAGCAGCAGCAGCAGCAGCAGCAGCAGCAGCAGCAGCAGCAGCAGCAGCAGCAGCAGCAGCAGCAGCAGCAGCAGCAGCAGCAGCAGCAGCAGCAGCAGCAGCAGCAGCAGCAGCAGCAGCAGCAGCAGCAGCAGCAGCAGCAGCAGCAGCAGCAGCAGCAGCAGCAGCAGCAGCAGCAGCAGCAGCAGCAGCAGCAGCAGCAGCAGCAGCAGCAGCAGCAGCAGCAGCAGCAGCAGCAGCAGCAGCAGCAGCAGCAGCAGCAGCAGCAGCAGCAGCAGCAGCAGCAGCAGCAGCAGCAGCAGCAGCAGCAGCAGCAGCAGCAGCAGCAGCAGCAGCAGCAGCAGCAGCAGCAGCAGCAGCAGCAGCAGCAGCAGCAGCAGCAGCAGCAGCAGCAGCAGCAGCAGCAGCAGCAGCAGCAGCAGCAGCAGCAGCAGCAGCAGCAGCAGCAGCAGCAGCAGCAGCAGCAGCAGCAGCAGCAGCAGCAGCAGCAGCAGCAGCAGCAGCAGCAGCAGCAGCAGCAGCAGCAGCAGCAGCAGCAGCAGCAGCAGCAGCAGCAGCAGCAGCAGCAGCAGCAGCAGCAGCAGUUGGGGGAAGAGGAGCAGACAGAGACUCGUGUGAAUUCGUUGAUUCGGCUGCAGCAGCUGCAGAUGCAGCAGCGGUUUCGACAGCACCAGCAGAUGCUUCUGCGGCAGAAGCAGCAGCAGCAGCAGCAACAACAGCAACAACAGCAGCAGCAACAGCAGCAACAGCAGCAACAGCAGCAGCAGCAGCAGCAGCAGCAACAGUCUUUGGACUCUCUUUCGAAAUCCUUUUGAGCUGA